CCUCCACGCUCCUUCACUCUCUCCUCUACCAUCCUCCGAGUCGUGAACGAUGCAGACCGUCCUCGCUCAGUCUGCUCGCGCCUCUAGGUCUGCCGCCUGGCGCCUCCCCGCACGCACCUUCGCCUCCUCUGCUGCUCGUGCACAGGCUGAGCCCCUCGAGAAGCCGGUCCUGAACAAGGAGUUCAAGAUUUACCGCUGGAACCCGGAUGAACCAGCAAAGAAGCCCGAGCUCCAGUCAUACACCAUUGACCUCAACCAGACCGGGCCUAUGGUGCUUGACGCUCUUAUCAAGAUCAAGAACGAGAUUGACCCGACGUUGACCUUCCGUCGCUCGUGCCGCGAGGGUAUCUGCGGCUCCUGCGCCAUGAACAUCGACGGCCAGAACACUCUUGCCUGCCUGUGCCGCAUCGACCGUAAUGCCGGCAAGGACUCCAAGAUCUACCCUCUUCCUCACAUGUACAUUGUCAAGGACCUCGUCCCGGACCUGACGCUCUUCUACAAGCAGUACAAGUCUAUCAAGCCCUACCUCCAGAACGACAACCCGCCUGAGCAGGGUGAGUUCCUCCAGAGCCGCGAGGAACGCCAAAAGCUCGACGGUCUGUACGAGUGCAUCCUCUGCGCUUGCUGCAGCACGUCCUGCCCGUCCUACUGGUGGAACCAGGACGAGUACCUCGGCCCCGCCACACUCAUGCAGGCGUACCGCUGGAUUGCCGACUCUCGAGACUCCUACGGUGCCCAGCGCAAGGAGCAGCUCCAGAACGAGAUGUCGCUUUACCGGUGUCACACUAUCUUCAACUGCGCGCGGACCUGCCCCAAGGGUCUCAACCCCGCUGCAGCCAUCGCCAAGAUCAAGCUUGAACUCGCCGCUGACUAAACGGAGUCAGUCUUUGUCUUUUCGGAAGUGUUAAUAAUAAGGUCUGAAAAAGGAUUGGGUUAGUGGAAGGCCGCACUGCUGUUCGUCAUGGUGUACAGAUGUUCAAUAUGUGCGUGUGCGUGUAAUAAAUUUUAUUCAAGUCUUUCGAACCUAUGUGUUUGCCAUCGCAUGAUGCUGCGUCCCUUGCUACGCAUAUAGACGG